AGAAAAAACACUGGAACGACAGACAAAAAUUGCGCCACAUGUCGUCCACUUAUCGCCGAUUUUUCUGACAUCAAGCCAACGACACUCUCCGAACGUGGAGCAUUGCGUGAGGCUGCUCGAUGCUUGAAGUGUGCAGAUGCUCCAUGCCAACACAGCUGCCCUACCACUUUGAACAUAAAGUCGUUUAUCACUAGCAUCGGGAAAAAGAAUUACUACGGCGCUGCUAAAACUAUUCUGUCGGACAAUCCACUCGGACUGACAUGCGGUAUGGUCUGCCCAACGAGUGACUUGUGCGCGGGUGGAUGCAAUUUAGCUGCCACUGAAGAAGGUGCCAUCAAUAUAGGCGGACUUCAGCAAUUUGCGGUUGAAAUAUUCAGUCAAAUGGGGGUGCCACAAAUCCUAGACCCAGAAGUUCAACGGGCUACGAAAUCCCUCAAGGCGUAUGACACUCCGAUAGCUUUGGUUGGAUGUGGACCAGCAAGUAUAUCGUGUGCUUCAUUCCUGGCCCGACUUGGUCACCGACACGUUCACAUAUAUGAAAAGGAGAACUAUGCCGGUGGUUUGAGUGCUUCAGAGAUUCCACAAUUCCGUCUUCCAAUGCCUGUAGUGAGUAGGGAACUCCGAUGGAUGCAGGAUUUGGGAGUGAAGAUGUACAACAACCAUCAGUUUGGCCAAAAUGAGAGAACCGAAACAGGUUCAAGGAAAAUAUCCAUUCAAAGUCUACGAAACUUGGGAUAUGGUGCCAUUUUCUUGGGAUUCGGUCUUCCGUGUGCGAAACAGAUCCCUGUAUUUACAGGGUUGACCAGUGAACAAGGAUACUAUACUUCAAAACAUUUUCUUCCUCGUGUAUCAGCUGCAAGUAAGCCAGGAAUGUGCGGCUGUUCACUCAGUACGCGUCCAAAAUUACCGGAUCUUCGAGGAAAGCAUGUGCUCGUUUUAGGAGCGGGAGAUACAGCCUUUGACUGUGCAACUUCAGCACUGCGUUGUGGGGCUGCUCGCGUGCACAUAGUGUUUCGCAAGGGAUUUACAACAAUCACUCCUGUUCCGGAGGAGAUGCAGAUGGCCUGGGAGGAAAAGUGUGAGUUCCGUCCGUUUUUGGAGCCUUUACGCGUUGUUUGCGCACCCGAUGGUAGUGGAGGGGAGCGUAUAGUUGCCAUGGAGUUUAAUCCAACAGAACAACUGGAUGAUGGAGCAUGGGACCGAAAUGUUGAUUGCACUGUACGCAUCCGAGCCGACAUCGUCAUUUCGGCUUUUGGAGCAGAACUUUCCGAUGAGUCAAUACUUCAGGCACUUGGGCCAAUAGAACUGGGAAACAAUAAUCUCCCGAAAGUGGAUUUUACUUCGAUGCGCACCAGUGCACCCGACGUCUGGUGCGGUGGUGACCUUACCGGUCAUUCCCACACUUCUGUUGAAGCGGUGAAUGACGGAAAGCUAGCCGCUUGGAAUAUGCACGUCAGCAUCCAGGAGAGAUUCUCAGAAAACGAUGCAUCUAUCAUAGUUCCAAACAGAAAUGAGCCGCAACUACCACUGUUUACCACCCCGAUAGAUUUAGUCGACAUUUCAGUUGAAGUGUGUGGAAUUAGAUUUCCUAAUCCAUUUGGUUUGGCUUCAGCCCCGCCGACAACAUCCAGUGCUAUGAUUCGGAGAGCCUUCGAGGCAGGAUGGGGCUUCGCAGUCACCAAGACUUUUGGCCUGAACAAGGAUCUGAUCACCAACGUCUCACCGCGCAUUGUUCGAAGUCAAGUGUCGGGACAUCUGUACGGACCAGAACAAGCUGCAUUUCUCAACAUUGAGCUGAUCAGUGAGAAGACCAAGGCUUACUGGUGUACAUCGAUACAGGAAUUGAAGCACGAUUUCCCUGAUCGUGUCAUCAUUGCCAGCAUCAUGUGCGGUUAUUCGAAAGAAGACUGGGAAGAGCUAGCCGAUUUCACCUUGGCGGCUGGACCGGAUGCACUCGAGCUUAAUCUCUCUUGUCCACAUGGAAUGGGUGAGCGAGGAAUGGGUUUAGCCUGCGGGCAAGAUGUGAAAAUGGUUCGGGAUAUUUGCGCUUGGGUGAAGCAACGUGCAGGGAGGGUUCCUGUGUUUGCCAAGUUGACACCUAACGUCACAGAAAUAGUCGAGAUUGCUAAAGCAGCUCAUGAAGGUGGGGCCGAUGGAGUCACAGCAACAAACACUGUAUCAGGAUUGGUGGAGAUCCGGGGUGAUGGAAAAGCGUGGCCUAAAGUGGGAAAUCAGGAAAGAACCACGUAUGGUGGACUAUCAGGAAAUGCAAUUCGACCAAUCGCGUUACGUGAUGUCAGUGCGAUAGCACGUGCCAUACCGGGAUUCCCGAUCCUCGCAACCGGUGGUAUCGACUCUGCAGAGGCCGGUUUGAGUUUUUUGUAUGCUGGUGCUUCGGCGUUGCAGGUAUGUAGCGCGGUUCAAAAUCAAGACUUCACCAUAAUCGACGAUUUCAUAACUGGUCUCAGAGCUGGACUAUAUAUGCACGCAAACAAAGAAUUCAGCUCGUGGAAUUAUCAAAGUCCACCAACUCCAAAACACCAGAAAGGAAAACCAAUCGCUCCAGACCUUGUCGGACAUGUCCCUCAUUUCGGUCCAGCAAAGUUGCAAAAUGAACGGUACUGGAGUGAAAAGUGUGCCGCCAAAGAGUCCUGGUCAGAAUGUGACAAUUCGAUACAAGGACGUACUCAUACCACGCAUGAACCGGUUCGUGUGAACGAUGUGAUCGGUGCUGCCCUACCGAAAAUCGGUAGUUUCCGCGAACUCAAUAUUGAAGAACAACAACACUAGAUGAGAACACUGGCGUUCCACUGCCUCACAACCAUGUCACUUUAUUUCAAUGGAGCCUUGCAGUCGAACGGAGGAAGCGAUAGGGAAUAGAGAGGGGACGUAAGGCUAACCUACCACAAAUAUCCGAGGUGCAUGAACCUCCAACAUUCAGUUAAACAAUCUGGAUAGAAAUUAACAGUACGGACAUCACUGGCACCAGUCAGCCGCUGUACAUGGAGCGUCUCCAGACAAACACAGGAUGAUCAGGUGGGCCACAUCCUUGCAAGCGAAUAGACC